AUGAUGAGAUCAUGUCAGUUCGGCCAAAUUGAUCGCAGACGUGCCCACUUUGGGGCACCUCUCAAGCAGAGCGUCCUGAACACGGGCCGACGAAGCCAAACCGAAGUUGAAACUGGUUCGUCAGUUCGUCAGUUCGUAAUUUCAUCAGCUUCUUCAGUUCAUCUCAACGUCUCAACUCCUUUCGCGCUUUCAUCGCCUCGACUCUUAAAUCCAAGCACAGAAUCAGGGACCCAAUCCACAAGGACAACACAUUUUCUUUUUCGAGGAUGCGUCCAUGGAAUUUCCCAGUAUUCUUCACCUCAGGCCUGUAACUCUCUGCUAGAAGUUGGCCUCGUCGGGAUACAGAAGUUUGCGCAUUAUUCGUCUGGGGCACAGUCUGUUCGCUUGCUUUGUCUACGACCGGACAGCCGUCUGAUUAGGUUGACUUAG